UCGCGGGUUCUGUUUUUCUCAUGUUAAUCACUGAGAGAAGAAGGCUUAUUAGUUUACUGUGUCGGCUCGUAAGCAAAAACGGUGACUCCGUCAACGAACUUUAUCAUUGUUUUAGCUUACCUGAUCGGGAGCACAAUCGGUACAUCUUUAUUUAUUUCACGAUGACUUGCACGACAGAGAUAGAUAUUUUGAAGUGGACAGUGAGGUAUUGUUCGAGUUUAGCUGCACACCUUCUAACUCCUACGAGAUUGUUCAAAUAUGAAAUUCAACAACAGAGCGAUUUGAGAAAUGCAACUGAAAACAAAACUGAAAAAUAUAUUUCUGACGACGUCGGUCAUUGUAGACAUACAUACAUGCAAAUCAGAUAAGGUAUCAAAAGUAGCCAAUGUAAAAGUUCAUACACGUAAAGGUUUUUGGAGUUGGCUACGUAGGAGAUAGCAUUUCUAUCUCAUUUGUCUCUUAACACCUUCUCAAAG